AUGUCGGCGUUUCUCGCGCUAAAUGAAAGUAGUAACGUCGCGAAUGCGUCGACGAUUUUGUCCUCCUCUGCCUCUUCAGAGGAAACGACGAAGGAACAACUUUUUAGUACGAACGCGGAGGAACGGCGGCGGAGGAUGUUUGAAAUAGCGACGAGCAGUUCUUCUUCCGAGAAGCAAGAAUUGAACGACAACGCGGUAGCCAAUAAUAAUAACAACAACGUGAAUGAAGAAAACAAACCGGAACUCGGCCAAGGGUUCUUUAAAGACUUGGAGAUUUUCAUCGAGCGCGAACCGCCCAUCGCGGUUGGCUUCCUCUUUCUCUUUCUCAUAAACGGCGUCUGGGGGGUAAUAUUUACGUUAUUCAUUCGAGAGACGAACGCUGGGCCGGGAGGGGAGUUUGGGAAAGGUCUCGCCGCAUUGAGGAAAGAAAUCGUGAAAGGGAUAUUCAAGUUCUUCGGAGGCGCUUUGGGGCGGUUCACGAAAUAA